AUGGCUUCAAGAAUACAAACCCCGAAUCCGUCUCCAAUCAAUAACCGAUCACCGCAUUCUCGUCUCUCUCACCCUCCGGCCGCCGCCACAGCCUUGAUUUGCCCGGGGACUGCGGUCUCCACCAAAAAACGCCUCGUCGCGACUCCAACCGUCGCUUCGAAGCCCGUCCUCGCGAAAAAAUGGAGGGAAAUCCAGGGUGCUGACGACUGGGAAGAUCUUGUCGAGCCCUUAAACCCACUCCUCCGUCAAGAAAUCGUCCGCUAUGGCGAGUUCGUCAUCGCCUCCUACGAGGCCUUUGACCUCGACCCAAGCUCGAAAAGAUACCUGAACUGCAAGUACGGGAAAUCCACCAUGUUUCAAGAAACCGGAAUGGCAGACUGUGGAUACCGAAUCACGAAAUACGUCUACGCGACACCGGACAUCGACAUCCCAUCACAAUUGGGAACUUGUCGGAGUCAUUGGAUCGGGUACGUCGCCGUGUCAGACGACGACGAGGUUAAGAAACUCGGGAGGAGAGACAUCGUAGUAUCUUUCCGUGGUACGGUGACCCACACUGAGUGGAUUGCCAACUUCAUGAGCUCCCUAACGCCGGCCAGGCUCGACCCAAACGAGUCGAGACCCAACCUGAAGGUCGAGUCGGGGUUCUUGAGUCUCUACACAUCAGAUGACAGUAACUGUAAGUUCAGUCAUGGGAGUUGCAGAGAGCAAUUGCUCUCUGAAAUAUCAAGAUUGUUAAAUAAGUAUAAAGAUGAGGAGAUUAGUAUUACAUUGGCUGGUCAUAGUAUGGGGAGUUCUUUAGCUCUGUUGCUUGGUUAUGACCUAGCUGAGCUUGGACUGAACCGGGUCGGGUUGAAUCGAACAAUACCCGUCACCGUUUAUUCGUACGGUGGGCCUAGGGUUGGGAAUCUAGGGUUUAAGGAGAGGUGUGAGGAGCUUGGAGUUAAGGUUUUGAGAGUGGUGAAUGUUAAUGACCCUGUGACAAAACUGCCAGGGGUUUUCUUAAAUGAGAAGUUUAGGGUUUUGGCUGAGAGGUUUGAGCUCCCAUGGAGUUGUGCAUGUUAUGCACAUGUUGGGGUUGAGCUUGCAUUGGAUUUCUUCAAGAUGAAGAACCCCGCGUGUGUCCAUGACAUUGGGACUUAUGUUGGGUUAUUGAAGUGUCCUAAAAUGAAGAAAGUGAAGAAGGAUGGGGUUAAUUUGAUUAAUAAGGCAAGGGAAUUUGUGGGUCAGCAAAAUUUUGGUGCUUGGCCAUGGCAAGAUGCUGCGAUACAAGUUGGUAACUUGCGGGCGGAUCUCCUUGCUAACGUGCACCGCCGCCUGGUUUCAAUAAGGAAGAAGAAGAAGAGUAGUGGCAAGAGUGUACUCAGUAGUGAGCUCAGGGAUUCAAUGUUUGUUUCUCCUUCCUCUUCCAUCCCUGAUGGCGAAUCCAAUGGAACAGUAGAAGCGGAGGAACUUGAGGGAUCUUCUAGCACAAUGAUAAUGGAGAGUACUGGUCCUAAGGGGGCGAAGAAGAAGCUGCUAAUGGAUGAGAUUCUUGCUAAAUCUUGCUCGAUCUUAGAUCCUCAACAAGUGAGAUCUGGAGGUAAUCUUUCAAAUCUUUGGGCUGAUGAGGUCGAUGAGGUUUUUGAAUCUGAAUCUAUUGGAAAUCUGAAUCUAGAUGAAGAAAUUCCUAUAAAUAUUGACCAGAAUAGAUUAGAUGAUGCAAAUAAGAGCAUGAAUCUGGUAGAUCUCACUCAAACACCUAUUGAUACUACUAAUAAGGUGAAUGGAAAUUCUGUAGAUAUCAAUGCAAAUCAUGAAAAAACUACUGAUGAUUAG